AUGCUCAAAUCUACAUCUGCUGGAAACGUCUCCAUAUACCAAGUCUCCGGAUCCAAUGUAUCUCGUUCGUUACCCGACUGGAUUGCCAAGAAGCGGAAGAAGGCUUUGAAACAAGAUUUGGACUACUCCAACCGUAUUGAAUUAAUUCAAGAUUUCGAGUUCAGUGAAGCUUCAAACAAGAUUAAAGUUUCCCCUGAUGGUCAGUAUUGUAUGGCAACGGGUACAUACAAGCCACAAAUCCACGUUUAUGAUUUCGCCAACUUGUCUCUCAAGUUUGAACGUCACACAGAUUGUGAAAAUGUUGACUUUGUCAUACUAAGUCAAGAUUGGACUAAAUCUGUCCAUUUACAAGUCGACAGGAGUAUCGAAUUCCAAACCAAAGGUGGUAUCUACUACAAGACAAGAAUACCAAAAUUUGGUAGAAGUUUAUGCUACAAUGAAGUAAAUUGUGACCUUCUUGUGGGAGCCCUGGGUAAUGAAUUGUACAGGUUAAAUUUGGAACAGGGAAGGUUUUUAAACCCUUUACAAUUGGAGACCGAGAGAGGUGUCAAUAUGGUAACUAUAAAUAAAGUUCACGGUCUAAUAUCUGCUGGUCUCGAAGAUGGUACGGUUGAGUUUUGGGAUCCCAGAUCAAAAUCACGAGCAGGGAAGUUGUGGAUUGAUGAGCAAUUGAAUGAAUCUGGAAUACAAGUAUCUUCAGUUAGUUUCCGUCAAGAUGGAUUGAAUUUUGCAUGUGGAACAUCUAGUGGUAAGACCUUGCUUUACGAUCUACGUACAAAUCAACCAUCAAUAGUCAAAGAUCAAGGUUAUGGAUUUGACAUAAAGAGUAUAGUGUGGUUGGAAAACACUUUGAAACCAGACACAAUUUUAACCAGUGAUAAGCGUAUUACAAAAAUUUGGGAUAGAAAUACAGCUAAGCCCUUUGCGUCUAUGGAGCCCACAGUUGAUAUUAAUGAUGUUUGCCAUGUUUCCAACUCGGGUAUGUUUUUCAUGGCCAAUGAAGGUAUGCCCAUGCAUACUUACUACAUACCCAAUUUGGGCCCUGCACCAUCAUGGUGUUCGUUCUUGGACAAUGUGACAGAAGAAUUGGAGGAGAAGCCAUCGGAUACUAUUUACUCCAACUACCGAUUCAUUACCAAGGACGAUGUACGUAAGUUAAAUUUGGGUCAUUUGAUUGGGUCAAAGGUUUUGCGUUCGUAUAUGCAUGGUUUUUUUAUUGACACGGAGUUAUAUGAAAAAGUCAACCUUAUUGCCAAUCCCAAUUCAUUGCGUGAUCAAAGAGAGCGUGAUAUCAGGAAGAAGAUUGAAAAGGAAAGAGAAUCGAGAAUCAGAUCAACUGGAGCCAUUACGAAUACAAAGAUCAAAGUCAACAAAAACUUGGCAAACAGGUUGCAAGAAAAAGUUGGAGGUGAUGCUGCAGAAAGUGUCAUCAAUGAUGAUAGAUUUAAAGAAAUGUUCGAGAACCCAGAUUUCCAAGUUGAUGAGGAAUCCCAUGAAUAUAAACAAUUAAAUCCAGUGAAAGCACCGGAGAAGGAUAUCACUAGGUCGAGAGGAUUAACCGCAGCAGAAGAAUCAGAUGAGGAGAGAUUCAAUGACAAUGGAGAAGUUGAAAGUGAACAGGAUAGCGACGAGUCUGAAAGCGAGGAAAGUGAAGAUGAGGAAGUAAAGAAAGCAAACAAGGCAAAACUCGAUAAAGAAUUGGCCAAGUUGAGGAAGAAGAAGGAAGAGGAAAAGAGAUUCAAGAAUGAAAUGAAGAUUCUCUCUAAAGAAGCGCCAAAGGAAUCAAACAAACAUAAAGAGACGUUUGGCUCUCAGGUCAAGAACUUACACAGAGUGAGCAAACCAAGAGAUGAUUCUAGACUUCAACGACAUGCCAAGGGAGAAGCUGAACUUACUUUUGUCCCUAGAAGCAAGGAGAGAAAGAACAAGCCUAAGAGGGAUGAUGAAAAUGGUACAGAUAAGGGAAGAACCAAGCAAAGAUUCGAAGGGCGUAGAAUUGCCUCCAAAAAUCAAUUUAGAGGUAUGUAG